UACUCAUACAGUCGUAAGCCACUCAGAGCCAAAAACCUUCUCUACAAAUAAUAAAAUGAGUGUGUUUGUGGUGCUUAGUGUUUUGAUUGCUGUUGCUGCCGCGCAAUACGAAUAUGCUGCCAAUUCGCUACCUCAGCAGGGUGCCGCUCAACUCUCCGAACCCAUACAGCCCGUGAGUGAAUUCAAUAAGGAAUACUAUACUUACACUGCGCCCGAGCAUGAGUUCGAUGAUGUUGCCGCUGGUGAUAUUGGCAAUGCAUUGCGUAAAAACUUGCGUGUUGUCUUCAUUAAAGGACCCGAAAAUACCGGACUCGAGAAUGCCGCACUCCAAUUGGCCAAAUCGGCUGGUGAUGAGCGCACAGCCAUUUAUGUACUCACCAAGCAAGCUGAUAUCGGUGAUUUGGCCAACAAAUUGAAUAGUGUACAGAGCACAGGCAGCAAACCAGAGGUUCACUUUGUCAAGUACCGCACCCAGGCUGAUGCUGAGAAUGCUCAACGUGCCAUUCAAACGCAAUAUGACUCGCUGCCUGGCGCCUCCAGCAAUCACAAUGGCGGUUCUGCUCCAGUCUUGGACUUUGCCAGCAAAGCACCAGCACCAGCAGCACCAGCUGCCGCACCUGCUGCUCCAGCCAACACUUAUGUGCCACCACAAGCACAAGCAUAUUUGCCACCUAGCAGAAGGUUGUAAGCUGCACGAGUGCCACCGCGCGAAUGUCGCUUUGAACUGUUGACUAGUUUUAAUUUUGUUGUUUUUUUACUUUCUCUCUACUCGUUUUGUUCUUACAUAAAAUUUUUUGCUUUAUUCAUGUCAUCAUUUUGUAUGUGGUUUUUUUCUUUGACCAGCAUCAGCUGAGAGUUGGUGAAAUAAAAUU